GUAGACCUCCGGGUUCCUAUAAGUACCUGCACACGUCCAAGUAGUGCGCCAAAUCCUCCUCGAAGACAUGACCCAAUCAGCAGAGCCGCUCGUGGCUUACCUCGGGCCCCCGGGAUCAUAUUCCCACCAGUGUGCACUCAGCAGGUUCGACACGCUCGUACAAUACGCAGAACAGAGCAGUAUACCAGAUGUUUACCGCGCCGUCUCGGCCGAUGUACCCUAUGCUGUUAUACCGCAAGAGAACAGUGUGUAUGGCACCGUCAUCGACACAUAUGACUCCUUGCGCAGCCCUUCUGCUGGCGAGUCCGUCUUCGUACGGGGGGAGCUCACUAUCGCAGUGAAGCACUGCCUCGUCGUUCGCCGCGGUGUCCAACUGGAGGAGGUACAACGCGUCAUGAGCCACGAGCAGGCCCUCGGUCAGUGCUCGCGCUUCCUCACAGAGACGCUACCUGGCGUUCCGCGUGUGAAGGUGCCCUCAACGUCCGCCGCGGCGCAAAGCGUACUGUAUUGCGGAGAGGACAGCGACGAGCCAGAGACUGCUGCCAUUUGCUCGGCCGAAUGUGCUGAGCUUUUCGACGGCCUCGAGGUCCUCCACAAGGACAUCCAAAACGAGGCUUCUAACACAACACGGUUCUUCAUCCUGGCCAAUUCACCCGACUCCCCAUUACCUGGCGGACCACGAGAGCCACGUCGCCAGCGGGCCCUUAUCCGCAUCGGAAACCCCCCUCACCAACAGCCUGCAGACGAGGCCCCCGUCCCCAACCGCCUGCUUCACACGAUUACGAGCACGCUCAUGACGACCUUUGGCUGCGCGGCGCUCCGCAUAGACCGGAGGCCGUCUCUGACAGAUGUGCCUUUUGAUGACGUAUACUUCGUCGAGGUGGGCGACGUGACUCUCCCGGUGCUGUCGGCGGCGGCGAGCAAGUGCGCUGAGGCGGAGUGGCUGGAGCGGGUGCAGGCAGGUGUUGACCGAAUUCGCGCCGCUGGUGGGGAGGCUACGAUUCUUGGUUUGUGGUAGUUGGAGGCCAGGUUAGACUAACAAUAGUUAGAGGUCGCAAAUAUUGUAUCCAUUUUCUGGCAGCGAUUAGACCUGAA